AUGGGAUGUCAUUCAGGGAUUCGCUAUGUCAACAAGGCAGGCGAGAAGAAAUUCGUUCACACCUGCAAUGGAACAGCAGUAGCAUCUACAAGAACUCUCAUCAGUAUAUUUGGAGACUUUCCAAACGGAAGCGAAAAAUGCUUAGAAAUCUCACAAUGUGAUCAGGAACCGAUGAGACUGGCGACUCGCCUCAUUGAAGUUCCAACCCAGCACAAGCCUUUAGCAUAG